UGUAGAUUGAAGGCGUGGCUUAUUAAAUUAACCGUUACAAUAAUAGUACUCGGAAAUGAAACAUAAACGGGAUUUAAAGCUACUACUUCAUCCAUACUUUAUCGUGAAUAUGCUACUUAGCGCUCUUUUUUUUAUAUCAAAAACUGUCCCAUUAUUUUGUACAUGGAUGUAUGAUGAUUGUUACAUCAAUCUCCAAGAAUAUGAAAUGUUGAUAUUUUUAGGAAGCUUCGUCGCAUUGCGCAAUAAGCGUCAAUUCUCUAUUCCCGAUUAUCUUGCUCAUUUUUUCAUGUUUGCUAAAAUCGUUAGUCUACUUAUGUUCUGGAAACAGAAUGUUGUAUAUGCCAUAUUAUAUGGUGUUUUAUGGUUAGUACAAGCCUGUUUUUUACAACAACCUGUUUAUAAUGGACCCGAUAAAGUUUUAUAUUUGCGAGAUACUACUUUUGAACAAGAAGUUAUUCGUGGUAACCCUAAGGUAACAUGGCUCGUUGCUUUUUAUACUGUGUGGUCACCUGCGUGUACUAAACUACAACCUAUUUUUGCAGAACUGUCAGAAGAAUUUGGAACAGAUCUUAUGAAGUUUGGCAAAAUCGAUGUAAUACGAUAUCCAGAUGUCGGUGUCAAACAUAACAUUGAUACAUCCUCCUGGUCUAAACAGCUUCCUACUCUGAUUUUAUUUCGUCAAGGUCAUGAACUGACACGCAGACCAGCUAUAAUCAAUACACCUAAGAAAACAGUACAGAAAUUCACAUUCACUUGGGACAAUAUGAUCAAUGCUUUUUCAUUAAAUGAAAUAUACACUAACCAGAAACAAACUUCUGGCGCUGCAAAUCAGUGUGGUUCAGCUGGUUCAACAGAUGAAGAUAAGAAAAACCUGUGAAAACAUACGGUUUCAUCGAGAUAUUGCGUUAGGUACUUUAUCUAGUCUUUCUUAUAUCUUUUAUUUGAACGACCUGCAUCUGUAAAUUAAUUUCACCAGUUAAUUUUUUCGGUACUCAAAGCCAAAUUUUUACUCAGUUAAAUUGACUUCCAUAGUUGGAUGCCUUGGUUUUAAUCCUUAGUUACUUCUGUCUUAAUGUUAUGUACAAAUUUAAGUACUCUUUAAAUGUCUUAUAUUGUAAAAAUGUUUUACUCCGAUUGAUAAACAGCUUGCAAGCAUGCUGUUGAUAGACUAGUAGUAACCAUGUAUUUUUUUAAACACUUGUUUACUGAUCAUGUGUCGCAUGACAACAGCUAUUACUGUUUAAAGUAAAUUAGAUAAAAUAAGAUGUUAACUCAUGAGUUGGUGAA